ACUGUUGAAACAGACAGUAGUCAAAAUGUUGAAAGUGAAACUGUUGAAACAGACAGUAGUUAAAAUAUUAAAAGUUAAACUGUUGAAACAGACAGGACAGGGGUCCUGUAGCCUGAAGGGCUAGAAAUGAAAUGCAAGCACAAAUGCAAAACAGUUGUUUUGAUCAUGGCGUGUAGAGCAUAAGAUAUGAUGUUUAAAAUUUUUUUUUAGGUUUAAGGAUAAUAAAAAAAAAAAAAAAAAAAAAUAAUAAUAAUAAUAAUAAUAAUAAUGAAUGAAUUUGAAGAUUACGUUUGUCAAUGUUUAGUAGCGGUUUUGUAAGAAAACUUAUCCUUGUUAAACUGAAAUUUUUAUAAUUUGUUAAUAAAAAUGUUUUAUGUAUAUCGCAAAGUAUAUUUUGGAAGUAUUGCACGAGGUCGUGUAAUGGUCAGGAUGGCCGUGUCGGCGCGGGCAGUUCGUGCUGUGUAUGAGUGUGAGGCAUUUCCCACGAAUCUGGCCGACGCGGGCAGUUCGUUGUAUGAGUGUGAGGCAUUUCGCAGGAAUGUUAUUUCAUCAUUAUUUGGCAAUUGCAUCAGCCUCUAAUUGAGUUGCGAUUGGCUGAUGGCAUUUGGUAGUUUUGGAAGGUACCGUUUUAGCGCGGCGACAGCGCCACAACGCUGUCGCCGAGCGUGGUUCGAUGGUAGGCACAAAAGAAGAAGUGUGCGACGCAAGUCAGUUCAAUUCUAGACUUCGACCACCGAAACUCGCUGCGCGAUUAGAAAAUGGAACAGUUUAAUGACGCGUUUAUAUAUGUAUACAUUUAUAAACACAUGGCGGUCUCAGCCAGUCACGCAGCCAGAAAUUAACCCGCAAACACGCGGACUUGGACUCAAAUUGGAAAUGGGAAAGGUCGCCAGCACCCCAGACCACUGCCUCUUUUGGGUAAAUUGGGCAAGCACAGUGGAAAGAAAGUUCCCGGGAAAAUCAGGAUAUGGCUUCGUUUACAAACCCAAUUUUUGAAGGCAUAUCUUAAUUUUUAUGUUCUUAAAAUAAAGUUAUCAUUAUAAAUAGUGUAUCUGUAUUUAUAAUCCAGAUUUUAAUAUACUUAUUUAUUUAUUUAUUUCUUAAGAGAUAUGUGCAUGUUUUUUUUCUAAAAGGGUAUACUAGAUUCUUUGAAAAGUUUGUAACAGGUAUAAGAAAGCGUUUCCCACCAUGUAAAUAUAUAGUACAUAUAGAGUACAUAUAUAUAUUCUGUCCGUCCGUUUGUCCGUCCGUAUGACUCUCCAGAUCUCUGGAACUAUAAAAGCUAGAAAGUUAAGAUUAGGCAUGCAGAUUCCAGAGACAUAGACGCAGUGAUAUUGCCACGUCCACUCAUAACUCCACAUAAAUGUGUUAAUUUUAUUAAUUUGUGUGCCAAUUUCUUUCGAUAUGCCAAAAAAAGUUUGAAUGUUGUACUCGCUGAGUAACGGGUAUCUGAUAGUCGAGAAACUCAACUAUAGCUUUCGUUCUUGUUGUGCUUUCCUUUGAUUUUAUAAUACCAACUUUUUUUUAUAUUUAGUUACUCCAUUCCUUCGAAUGAUUUGUUAACAUUUCUGCGAAACUUCUACUAUCCAGGACAAGCUUUCCAAUUGUUAAGCUUUGUAAAAAGUCCACGCGAAAACUGCAUUUUGGCCCACAGUGUUUGGCUGGUAAAAGCUGAAGAAGAAAGUUUAGGCCGAAAGAAAACGGCUUGCAGGUCGUGGCCACUGCGCUCGAAAUGAGCAGUUGUGGGUUCCAGUUCCAGUCGGUCGUCUAUUAGUUUCGAGUGUGUACGGACACAAGUAAAAUGUCAGCCAAGGCAGCUCGUGGUCGAAAGUCCUGUCUUUCUGGGGUUGUGGCAAAUGUAUAGGGAACAUUCGUGGUUAAAAGUUAAAAAUUCUACGCGACAGUCUACUAAUUACUCAUAAUUAAAGGCUUAUCAAAUGGAAAAUCAAUAACCACUUAAUAACAAAAUAAAUUAUCUUACAUUCAAUUAAAUGUGUUGCACGUGAAAACUAAUUAUUUGCAAAUUAAAUGAAAAUGACCAAAAGUGAUUUGGUUUAAUGGGCUUAAGAGAAACCAAGUGUAAUGAACAGUCAACAAUUUCUGAUUCUAGAAUGCUGUUUAAAUAUUUAACAUAUAGUUCAUGUGUUUCCAGACUUUAGUGGUUAUAAUUAUUAAACUCGACCUUUCAGCGGAUUUCGAAGCGUUAAUUGAGGCCCCUUCUCAUGGGUUGCAUAAAUUUGAAAAAGCAUAAAGGGCCACCCACGCCACCAGAUCUAGAGACAAGUGUGUAAAGACUUUAAAGCGGCUGCAAAAUAUAAUUAUAGCUGCGUAAAUGUUAACCAGUUGUUGUUAGCCCGAAAAAAACCCCAAUCAGCCCCUCUCUAUCCCCUUGCCACAGUCUUUGACGUUUUCAGCAUUGUGUUAAUAGCAGACGAAUAAAUUUGCAUCAAAAUGGAUGAGAACGCUAUCCGAGCGGCAAUCUUCAUCCAGAAAUGGUAUCGCAGGCAUCAGGCCCGUCGCGAAAUGCAGAGGCGUUGCAACUGGCAGAUCUUCCAGAACCUGGAGUACGCCAGCGAACAGGACCAGGCUGAGCUGUACAAAUUCUUCAAUGACCUCAUCAAGCACAUGCCCCAGGCGGCGGGCAGGAAGAACCAGUACCAAGGAUCCGCCCAUGUUUCCGUUUUGGAUGAUAAAGACGAUCUCGUAGAAGAGUUUGGAGACAUUGUGAAUGCCAAAAUUGAGUUGCCAAUACGAAAAAAUCAUAUCGAUCUAUUGAUUGACGUCUUCCGCAAGAAACGGGGCAACCGAUUGCAUCCCAAGUAUGUGGCCCUGAUUCUACGUGAAGCUGCCAAAUCGCUAAAGCAGCUGCCCAAUAUUUCUCCGGUGUCCACGGCGGUUUCCCAACAAGUUACGGUUUGCGGGGAUCUGCAUGGAAAAUUGGAUGAUCUUCUUGUGGUGCUGCAUAAGAACGGUCUUCCCUCAUCUUCCAAUCCCUACGUGUUCAAUGGCGACUUCGUGGACAGGGGCAAGCGGGGCUUGGAGGUCCUGCUCCUGCUGCUCUCCCUUUACUUGGCCUUUCCCAACGCAGUUUUCCUUAACCGCGGGAACCACGAGGACAGUGUCAUGAAUGCGCGAUAUGGAUUUAUCCGGGAGGUGGAAAGCAAGUAUCCCCGGAAUCACAAGCGAAUCCUGGCCUUCAUCGACGAGGUCUACCGAUGGCUUCCCCUGGGCUCCGUUCUCAAUAGUAGAGUCCUAAUCGUGCAUGGAGGCUUCUCGGACAGCACGAGCCUGGAUCUAAUAAGGAGUAUUGACAGGGGCAAGUACGUGUCCAUUUUGCGACCGCCACUUACGGAUGGCGAACCACUGGACAAAACCGAGUGGCAGCAGAUCUUCGACAUAAUGUGGAGUGACCCGCAGGCCACCAUGGGAUGUGUUCCGAACACUCUGCGAGGAGCUGGCGUCUGGUUUGGACCGGAUGUGACUGACAACUUUCUGCAAAGACAUCGACUCAGCUACGUCAUUCGAUCGCACGAGUGCAAGCCCAAUGGCCAUGAGUUUAUGCACGAGAACAAGAUAAUUACUAUAUUUUCGGCAUCGAACUACUAUGCCAUUGGAUCCAACAAGGGCGCCUACAUCCGGCUGAACAACCAGCUGAUGCCCCAUUUCGUUCAGUACAUAUCGGCGGCAUCGCAGACCAAGCGAUUAUCCUUCAAACAGCGAAUGGGCAUCGUGGAGAGUUCGGCACUCAAGGAGUUGGCGGUGCGUAUGCGCGAUCAUCGGGACGAGUUGGAGGACGAGUUCCGGAAGUAUGAUCCCAAGGAUAGCGGCUAUAUAUCCAUAUCGCACUGGUGCAAGGUGAUGGAAAACGUGACCAAGUUGGGACUGCCCUGGAGACUCCUACGUGAUAAGCUGGCACCAGGCACGGAUAGUCAAAAGGUUAACUAUAAUAGGACGUUGGAUCUGCUGGACACGGAUGUUAUUCUCGAAGCUGAGGCUGAUGGCAUGUCGGUAAUGGAUGCUUUGUAUGCCAACAAAGCCAGCUUAGUUGCCAUUUUUAAUAUAAUUGAUGCCGAUAAUUCGGGCGAAAUUACCCUAGAUGAGUUCGAAACUGCUAUUGACCUGCUGGUGGCCCAUAUGCCAGGUGCCUAUUCCAAGGCGGAAAUGCUGGAGAAGUGCAGAAUGAUGGACCUCAACGGAGAUGGCAAGGUGGACUUGAAUGAAUUCCUGGAAGCGUUCAGGCUGAGUGACCUGCACAGAAAGGAGCAGCAGGACGAAAACAUCAGGAGGCGUUCGACUGGCAGACCAUCCGUGGCCAAAACCGCCACAGAUCCUGUCACUCUCCUGGCCGACAAGAUCUCAAAGAACACGCUGGUUGUGGAACACGACAUCGAUCCCACGGACUGUGAGUCCAAAGUAAUCGAUCCUAAGAAGUCCUAAGAUCAACAAAAUACCAUUAUCGUUUUUUGAGCAAAUUUCUCAGCUCGUACUUAAUUUAAUGUACACGAAGCAUUUAAGGCUCAUUUGCUUUUAAGUCAUAAUUUUAUACACACCAUAAGUAGUGAAAGCGAGUGUUAACAUUUAUAAAAAGUCAACUUAAAAAACUACCAAAGAUUAAAUCGAAUUAGAGGCAAAAGUUAUGAAUAUUAAGAUCUCUGCGAAAGCAAAACCAAUAUUUAGCAAAUCUACUGGCCAUUCCCCUACGCUUUUGAUUUAAAUAAUUUGUAUUUAUAAAAAAUCUCUAUAAGCUUUGUUGAGACUUUAAUAACAAAGGAAUUAAAAAUGUUAAAAGCUGCAGAAGAUUAUAAGAUUAAGAAAAUAUGUUACUUCAAGUUUAUACUAUCAAAAAUCUAGCGCUUUAUAUAAAUGUAUAGGCAAAUAAUCAUAAACGUUAAUUGUUUAUCUAAUCAUAAAAAGUUUAAGCCCAAGGGAUCAACAAUACAUUUUAUAUAUUACGCCUAGUUCUAAAAUUUUAUAAAAAUGACAUGUUAACAACCAAACAAAAACUUUAAAUUAAAAGACACUAUUUUUCUCUUAUAAGAAACGAAGUCUAAUCUUUGAAUCUGUAAUGCAAUGUUAAGUAAGGAUUAUUAUGCGACCUAAUUGCUUAGAAUUGAUAUUUAUACAAUAUAUAUAAAAAGACGUUGAAAAAAUAUAGAUUUUAAUACAUAUGAAGCUUUUGAUCCACCUUGCGUUUUAUAAAGUCUAUUUAGCAGGAAAAGUUAAAAGUUAUAAAGCAUAAAGUGUACCUCACAUGGACCAUGCUUUUUGCACAAGUAUUAAAAAGCAAAUUUUAAAAAGCUCGCAAAAUCCAUAUCAUAGUUUUCAUCCAUUAAGUCCAUUGCGUUUGAUGUUAAACAAGAUACAAGUAAAACUAUAGCUAAUUGUUAACCAUGAAAUGCAACGCAAAAGUACAUUUUGUAUUACAGCCAGUUUACUUCCGUUAAUCAACAAAAUAUACUUUAGACUAAGUGUUUUUUGUGUGUGAAAGAGGGAGAUUAGAAGUUAACCCCUACCUAACAUAUAAUCAAUAUAACCACUAAAUCGUAAUCGAGUACCUUUACAAAAUUAAUACUAAAACGCUUCUCAAAGGCACUACAGGACCAAGAAACUUAGCCCAUUGUUGGCAUUCAAGUAAAACUUAAAUACGCUAGUCAUCAAUUAACAUUAUACUUAUGUACUAAAUCUACUAUAAGAAGCACCUGCCCCCUAUUUGUAUUUUGAGCCACAUUUCAUCGAUAGACGGACUAUUUUCCUGCAAAUUUAUUAAUAAAUAUGUUGAAUAACA